GAUCGCUCGAUCGGAAUGCGCCGCCCAGCCCCAUAUGUCAGGGGCUGUCGGGCGUGCCGGCCACACUUCGACUGCGAACGCUGCCGGGGCGCACAGUCUGCUGGCAGAGCCCGCCGACGCACCACUGGACACCGACCACCGACUCUGAGAGCUGCCAUGGCGCCCAACAACACCGAGACCACGCUCCUCGAAUCGUCGUCGUCGCGCCGAGUGAAGAUGUCUUCCAGCGUGGCCAAGACCACCAAGUCCUACUCGUACCGCUCGACCGGCGGCGGCGGCGGCGCUGACGUCAGCAUCGAGUACAGCGCCGACCUGAGCGCGCUCUCCCGGCUCGAGGACAAGAUCCGGCUGCUUCAGGAUGAUCUGGAGUCCGAGAGGGAACUGCGCGCAAGGAUUGAGCGAGAGAAGGCCGACCUGAGCGUGCAGGUGAUCCAGCUCAGCGAGCGUCUCGAGGAGGCCGAGGGUGGCGCAGAAAGCCAGUUCGAGAUCAACAGAAAGCGAGAUGCGGAGCUGGCGAAGCUGCGAAAGCUGCUGGAGGAUGUGCACCUGGAGAGCGAGGAGACGGCCAACCUGCUGCGCAAGAAGCACCAGGAGAUCGUCGUGGACUUCCAGGACCAGAUCGACCAGCUCUCCAAGGCCAAGGCCAGGGCUGAGAAGGAGAAGGCCAAGUUCCAGCAGGAGGUGUACGAGCUGCUGGCCCAAAUCGAACAGGCCAACAAGGAGAAGCUGAUGAGCGUCAAGCAUGUUGAGAGGCUUGAGAUCACCAUCUCAGAAUUGAGCAUCAAGAUCGAGGAGCUGAACCGCACCAUCGUUGACAUCACAUCCCACAAGACGCGCUUGUCACAGGAGAACAUCGAGCUGGUGAAGGAGGUGCAGGAGCUGAAGGUGAACCUGGAGAACUCGACGUACCUCAAGAGCCAGCUGGCCGGACAGCUCGAGGACGCUCGCCGGCGCCUGGAGGACGAUGAGAGGAGACGCCAGACGCUGGAGGCGAGCUUGCACCAGGUGGAGAUCGAGCUGGAGUCUGUGCGCGUGCAGCUGGAGGAGGAGGCGGAGGCGCGCCUGGACCUGGAGAGGCAGCUGACCAAGGCCAACGGCGAGGUGGCCACCUACCGCUCCAAGUACGAGACGGAGGCGGCAGCGCGCAUCGAAGAAGUCGAGGAGCUCAGGCGAAAAUUCCAGGCCCGCAUUCAGGAACAAGAGGAGCACAUCGAGACCCUGCUGGUCAAGGUGAACAAUCUGGAGAAGCAGAAGUCGCGGCUCCAGAGCGAGGUCGAGGUCCUCAUCAUCGACCUGGAGAAGGCCAACAACACGGCGCGGGAGCUGCAGAAGCGCACGGAGCACCUGGAGAAGAUCAACAUCGACAUCAAGACGCGCCUGGAGGAGACGGUGUCGCUGUACGAGUCGUCGCAGCGCGAACUCCGCAACAAGCAGACCGAGAUCCAGCGCAUCACGCACGAGCUGGACAAGACGCGCGAGCACAAGGAGACGCUCAUCCGCGAGAACAAGAAGCUCUCCGACGACCUGCACGACGCCAAGAACACGCUGAGCGACCUGACGCGCCGCCUGCACGAGCUGGAGCUGGAACUGCGCCGCCUGGAGAACGAGCGGGAGGAGCUCAGCGCCGCCUACAAGGAGGCCGAGGCCGGUCGCAAGGCUGAGGAACAGCGGGCGCAGCGGCUGUCUGCUGAGUUCGGCCAGUUCCGCCACGAGAGCGAGCGCCGGCUUGCUGAGAAGGACGAGGAGAUCGAGGCUAUCCGCAAGCAGACAAGCAUUGAGAUUGAACAACUGAAUGCACGUGUGGUGGAGGCUGAAACAAGACUGAAGACAGAGGUCACGCGCAUUAAGAAGAAGCUGCAGAUUCAGAUCACUGAGCUUGAGCUGUCACUUGAUGUUGCCAACAAGAACAACAUUGAGCUCCAGAAGACCAUCAAGAAGCAGUCUCUGCAACUCACUGAGCUGCAAGCCCACUAUGACGAAGUGCAGAGACAGCUCGCAGUAACUCUGGAUCAGUACGGCAUUGCCCAACGCAAGCUGCAGUCGAUUGGGGCCGAACUGGAGGAAGUUCGUGGAAACUAUGAAGCUGCCCUGCGUGCUAAGAGGACUGCAGAACAGCAGUAUGAGGAGUGCGUCUCCCGAAUCAAUGAGCUCACAACCAUCAAUGUCAACAUCUCAGCUGCUAAGUCCAAGAUUGAACAGGAGCUGUCGACCCUUGCUGGUGACUAUGAUGAGGUCACUAGGGAACUCAAGGCAUCUGAUGAGCGUUACCAGAGGGUCCAGAUUGAACUGAAGCGCACUGUUGAGACACUUCAUGAAGAGCAGGAACGCAUUGUCAAAAUUGAGGCCAUCAAGAAAUCAUUGGAAAUUGAAGUCAAGAACCUCACUGUCCGCCUUGAAGAAGUUGAAGCUAAUGCUAUCGUGGGUGGAAAGCGCAUCAUCAGCAAGCUGGAAGCUAGGCUGCGCGACCUGGAACUGGAAUUGGAUGAAGAGAAGAGGCGACAUGCAGAAACACUUAAGAUCCUUCGCAAGAAGGAACGCACAGUUAAGGAGGUCAUUAUUCAGCAAGAGGAGGACCAGAAGAACAUCUCUCUGCUGCAAGAGUCUCUUGACAAGGCCAACCAGAGGAUCCAGAUAUACAAGAGGCAGCUCCAGGAGACGGAGGGCAUGACACAGCAGAGCGUGACCAGAGUCAGGCGCUUCCAGAGGGAACUGGAGGCUGCUGAAGAUCGUGCUGACACUGCAGAGAGCAACCUGUCACUGAUUCGUGCCAAGCACCGCACCUUUGUCACCACAAGCACAGUGCCCGGCAGCCAGGUCUACUUGGUGCGCGAGACUCAGCACCACACCACCACUACAGAGAGCAUGUAGGCAGCACACCAGCCACGGAGGGCUUUUGUGGAAUACCACACGUGUCAUCUGGCACUCUUGCAGCUUGUUCUCACCAAAGCUGCUUUAAGAACUCUACUUUUUUAAGUUAAGGGUGAAACAAUUUCUUAUUUUAUUGUAUUUUGUUAUGAAUGGUGCAGUGUAGAAAUUGGAAAUCUUAUGGAUACGGAACAAAUAUUUUUGCACUUAAGUAAUUGAGGAAAGAACUAACCGGUAUUUUGAGAAGUCAUAUGUGCAAAACUGCAUGAAGUUUCAAGAUGGUUACUAGAUGAAACUUCUCUGCAAGUGACCUUUACGUACAGUGACCAGUUUCUACCCUGGACUACGACCGAUCGAAUAAUAAAACUGUUACAUCGAACUAAUUUAAAAAAUCGGUUAUCAUCUUUAACGUACAAUUGUGUUCUUGUAAUGACUGUGCAAAAAAAAGAUAACAAUUUUGUGAUCUCUUGACUGGAUGUAAGAUGUGGCAGCGCUGACGGGAGUGUAUUUCAGUACUAAGAACCGGGAACAGGAUGGCCAUUUUUUCUCGGUAAAGGUGAUCUUGAAGUAACUGAGAUUAAUAUAUAAGAUUAUAAUAUUUAUAUACUGUAAUAAAGCUUUGAUUUAUAUGUAUGUUUAUUUACUGGUGCACUGCUUAAGCCCUGUUCCUGAAUGACAAUGUGAUAUUCCAUAUGAGCUUUACUUUGUCGACUCAGAAGGGUAUGAUACAAACUGCCAGAACAGCACAGCACAAUAACAAUCUUCAUAUAAUUUGGCUUAUAUUAGGAACAAGUGAAUUGUAACAUAAUACUCGAUGGAAAUAAUAAAUGUAUACCGAGAGUCA